AUGGUGGUGGGCGUGUCGCGGUGAUGGUGAAGGAGCUCGAGUAGAUUGUAAACAAGCCCGAGCAGCCCGCUGCACGUGAUGGUCCCCGGCGCUUAGCCCGAUCUGCUCUCACUCAGGCCUGCUCAUUGGAUGCAGUUGGGACGGCCUCGCAAAUCGCCCCAUAUUCCGCGACAAAUUUGCAGGCGGCAUUGCAGGAAGAGCGUCAUUGUGUUUCUGGCGGUGAGGUCGAGCGCCGACAAUCUUAUCGCUCGCAUCGGGGCCGCAUCGCGCCUGCUGCUCGCCGCCAGGGUGUUGGCGGCUUAGGGUCGGCUUGUCUUGGCUAAAUUUUCGAACCGACGGCGACACCACGCUGACCACACGUCACUCCUUCACACUCGCUUUCCGCAUCCCCGCGUUUUCUUACUCCGUUGGUGUAUUUGUUGCCUGUUUCGAGCAUUUCCAAGGCGCCUCCCUCGUCCCUGCAUUGCUGAUGGUGUUUGGAAGCGCAUCCAACUGGUUCAGCCCUACGAAUCCAAACAAGCUCGUGGAGGAUGGUCAGAGGGCACGAAAACCCGCGAUGGAGGGCAUCAGAUCGGUGCCGGAUAUGAGGCAGGAGAGGACACCGCAAGAGGCGGACGCGGAGAUAGACCACGAGAUGGCGCGGCCACCCUAUGUCCAUGCAAUUCUGGCAGGUGGUAUAGGAGGCACGACGGGCGACAUGCUGAUGCAUUCUCUGGACACCGUAAAAACGCGACAACAGGGCGACCCGCACAUGCCCCCCAAGUACACCUCUAUGGGCAACACAUACUACACCAUAUGGCGGCAAGAAGGCCUCAGUCGGGGGUUGUACGGAGGAGUGCAGCCAGCAUUUGUGGGAUCGUUCCUGGGGACAUGCGCUUUCUUCGGGACGUACGAGUGGAGCAAGCGCCUGAUGAUCGACAACGGCAUCGCGCCCUCCGUCUCGUACUUCACAGCCGGACUCGUCGCCGACCUCGCCGCCGCGCCCGUGUACGUUCCUUCCGAAGUCCUCAAAACCCGUCUCCAAUUACAAGGCCGUCACAACAACCCCUACUUUAAUUCCGGCUACAACUACCGCUCCACCAUCGACGCUGCGCGCACUAUCGCAAGAACAGAAGGCUUCGGAGCCCUUUUCUACGGAUACAAAGCCACCCUCUGGCGCGACCUCCCUUUUUCCGCCUUGCAAUUCGCGUUCUACGAGGAGGAAAGAGAGCUGGCAAAAAAAUACAUGGGCUCCAGUAACAUCGGUCUGCCGCUGGAGAUCCUCACCGCCGCGAGCGCCGGAGGAAUGGCCGGCGUUAUAACCACACCAUUGGACGUCGUCAAGACGCGCAUCCAGACCCAGCAACCCAGCACCUCAUCAGCGCCUGCACCCGCCUCGACCGCCCCGCUCUCCCCUUCUUCAACAACGAAACACUCUACACCCUCGGCAUCGCAUAAAUCCUCCGCACCAUCAAACCGCCCAAUAUCCACCUCCUCUCCCUCCACCACGCUCAAAGCCCACGGCGCCGCCACCCUCGACACAUCCUCCGUAAUCCGCGGUCUGCGCUUGAUAUACCAGACGGAAGGGAUAUGGGGCUGUUUCCGCGGCGUCGGGCCGCGCGGUGUGUGGACGUCCGUGCAGUCCGGCACGAUGCUGGUGCUGUACCAGACGCUGUUGAAGUAUUUUGAGCAGAAUGCUGUUGUGUAAAGAUUUUGUACGUAUAUUGUAAGACAAGAAAUGAAGCUCGGCG